ACAACCAAUCGCAGCAGGAAGGCAGAUAAAGCAGGCUUUAGCUUUUAGCACUCUCUUUGUUGUCUCAUCUCUUUCACGGCCAUCUCUUGUGGGUUCUACUCUUGGUGGUCGUCGUGCUGUCGCGAUAUUUGAGUUCAAUUCAAUUCAAGUUCCUAUUUACACCUUUGAAAGUUCGAACUUUACCCAGUAAAGGCCAAUUUGCAGCCAUGAAAAGAGCGUUCCUUUCAGCUCCAGGCCAGCUUUUUAACCGCCCUCAGGUUCUCUUCUCUCGCUUUCUGUAUAUCUCACAUGCGCACACGCACAAGUAAGUACAGUCACGGAAGUUGAAAAGAGAGUGUUAUAUGAUAGCCACUUCUCGCACUGCAGUUGGACAAAGACCAUAUCUUUUGGAUUUUGUAAUAUUCUUAUAAGCGAGAUACCAUUUGCAGUAUUAUAAAUUUACUCUUAGUUUGCCAUCGAUUUUAUAGAAAUUUUUGAAUUUAUCGAAUUGGAUGCAUUUGGGAAAAAAAAAAAAAAGGAAUUGGGUUGUUUGACUCUUUAGCGAUUGAAUAGAGUCCGAAGUAUGCUAUCGAUUAUACAAACGCUCAACACUCAAAAGGGAGUUUGCAAUGUUGGAAUGACUGGUGAAGAAUUGAUUUCAAAAUUGCUAGACAGAAGAUGGACAUUGAAAGGUCCUGAUACUAAAAUUCACCAAAUUAUGCUUUCUGCUACCCCAGGAAAGCAUGGAGAUGGGCCAUUUGGUAACAUUUCUUUUCUAAAUAAUACUAGUCCAUGUCUUGGUGAUCACUUGAUAGAGAAAGAUCAGGAUCAAUGCUUCUAUGUCGUGAGAGAUGACUUGUUGCAUCCUCUGGUAAAUGGUAAUAAAGCACGGAAAUUGGAUGGAUUGCUUCCAAUUCUUGAAGAUCAUUCUGUGACUGACGUGGUUACAUGUGGAGGUUGUCAAAGUGCUCAUGCAACAGCUCUGGCUGUUGCAUGUGCAGAGCGAGGAUUAAAAUCUCAUUUGCUUCUGCGAGGGGAGCAGCCUAAAGUUCUGACAGGCUAUAACCUGAUUUCAACAAUUUAUGGAAAUGUCACGUACGUGCCAAGAUCCCUUUAUGCCCAAAGGGCUGAAAUGCUAAAGUGUCAUGCUCAUUUGAUUACCGGCAAUAAUGGUCAUGUUGUAUGGUGCAAUGAGAUGCUCAAGGCAUCUUUAGCCAAGUGGACACCCUGGGCUUCUGACUUUGUGCAAACUGGUGCUCAUAGAGAUGCCGACAACUGCCCAAGAAAGGUUGUAAUUGUCAAUGAAGGAGCAGGAGAUUGUGUAGCUUUACUAGGUGUCUUUCGCCUAGUUCAGUACUUAUCCCAGGAUCAUUUACUCGGAAAGAAGGGGGCUGUCAAAUUUAUUGUGGAUGCUGGCACUGGUACAACAGCUGUUGGUUUAGGACUUGGAGCCAUAUGUUUAGGGCUUCCAUGGGAGGUAACUGCAGUAAUGCUUGCCAAUACAAUUGAUGGGUACAGGCAACAUGAGAAACAUCUGAUUUCUGAAUUCCAGGAGAUAUUUGGUGUUCAGCUUGACGACAACAGUCUAAAUAAGGUAGAUGGUGGAAUUGUUUACUGGGAAGAACGUUGUCAACCCAGAAAAUUUGGCAAUGUGUUGGAAGGGGAAGUAGAGGCAUGCAAACAAAUUGCCCAGUUCACUGGUAUUUCAGUAGAUCCCAUAUACACUUUAGCGGCUUGGGAGAUGGCAACGCUCCUUAGUGACAAGGAAUUGAAGGGGGACACUACUGUUGUCAUGCUUCACACCGGUGGCAUGCUUGGCAUGUUUGGAUUAGCCCAGAGGUAUAAAUCUUACUUCAAUGUUCUUACAGAUGGAUCCUCUGUUUAGUAACACUGAGUUUUGUAUACCAUACAGAAGGCAUUAUUUCUGUGCUAAUUUUUAUUGAACUGUGGUAAGGGCAUCGAAUUAAAUGAUCAUUGCAAAUUUGAGUGUGUGAUUAUAUCCAUUUCCUUUUUAGAA